CUUCUGUUAUCUUCAGUGCUCCUGCCUGGUACUCAGAUCCUGUGCAUUCUUUCCGCGCGAGCGCAGUCACUUGGGGAGGGCGCACUGAUACAGAUCAAGAUACGAAAGAAAAGUGGCUUCUGUCGAUGUUGAAUAGCUACGGAAACGCGUUUGACAGGAGGCGCCAAACAGAAACUGAGAUCGCAUACUUGCAGUUUGCGCACGAUAGGGAAAAACAGUUUGCUGAAGCAAGGUUUCUACAACAGGCAGCAACGAACGAUGAGGAUCAAGAUGAUGCCACGAUGAAAGACGAAAGGACGCAGCAUAUUUCGGACUUCUCGAGGAGUGUUUGUCCUGCAUUGAUGGAGCAAGACACCAACGUAGUUGCCAUCGCUCUGGACGCUGACUUUGUCGCGACAAGAGACGGAGCAGGGUUAACGGUCCGCGAGCUAGGCGACUUCCAUAAAAUGACCCUCAAGGAAGGAGAUGAUGUCCUGAAAGCAGCGGGUAAGUCCAAUGAAGCUGAGGUCUUAUCAGGUGAAUCUCUCUCCAACGUGCGAACCCGAUACCGACUGGAAGAAACGCAAGUGAAAGCUUGUGGCUUAUCGAAAAAGACUCCUUUCGCUGCGUAUGUCGAUGUUGAUUUAGCGACUCCACGUGUCGGCAAUAAAGAGAAAUGCGACCUCCCCACUCAACGCAUUCGCGCAAGAUAUGGCUUAGUAGUGCAGUCUGGCUCUCCCGUUCUUCGCGCUCAGGAUGGAGCUCUAGGUUUUGUGAAACGUAUUAUCACAGCUAAGGAAGCGGCCGUAGGUUUAGACAUUUUAGGAAAAGGCGUCGCACACGAUUUCGUCUCAAACGCGGUGCAGCAUAUUCCGAAAUUACGUGACAUCCUAAACACUGAUGAAGAAAAAUUGAAAGCAGAACUCGACUUCCCG